AACAAUGCUGCCACUUGAUGAUCAUCUUCAUGAUCAUUGGUAUCUCGGCAUUGGACAUGAUCGAAGGGAGGAUGAUAGGCGAAGAUGUUCCGAUGUCGGUUAUGCACGAAGAGUGGAUGACUAAACAUGAUCGAUUUUAUAAAGAUGAUGCGGAGAAAGAACGAAGGUUGAAGAUAUUUAAAGAGAAUGUUGAGCACAUUGAGUAUGUGAAUAAGUUUGGAGGUUUGAAAUACAAGCUUGGCAUUAACAAGUUCACAGACUUAACUAAUGAGGAGUUCAAGGCCAUUUACAAUGGUUUUAGAUUUUCAAAUGUUGGCUUAAAGAAAGGUACAAGAGGGUUCAGAUAUGAGAAUUUCACUGAUUUGCCUGCUAGUGUUGAUUGGAGAGCUAGAGGUGCUGUUACUCCAAUUAAAGAUCAAGGACAAUGUGGAUGUUGUUGGGCAUUCUCAGCAGUAGCAUCAGUGGAGGGGAUAACAAAGAUAACUUCAGGCAAGUUGAUCUCCUUAUCCGAGCAAGAACUGGUGGACUGUGACACCAACCAAGACCAGGGAUGCAACGGCGGAAUCAUGGACGAUGCAUUCGAGUUCAUAAUAAAAAAUGGAGGCCUGACAACUGAAGCAAACUACCCAUACAAGGCCAUAGACAGCACAUGCAAUAACAUGAAGGAAGCAUCUCAUAUAGCCACAAUUUCCGGCUACGAAGAUGUACCGACUAAUAGUGAAUCGUCUCUGAUGAAGGCGGUCGAAAACCAGCCAGUUUCCGUUGCCAUUGAUGCCGGUGGCUCUGACUUCCAGCAUUAUUCAAGCGGGGUUUUUACCGGUGAUUGUGGGACAAACUUGGAUCAUGGGGUUGCAGUGGUUGGUUAUGGAAGUGCAAGUGAUGGGACUAAGUAUUGGCUUGUGAGGAACUCAUGGGGAAGUUCUUGGGGUGAGAAUGGUUAUAUUAGGAUGCAGCGUGAUGUUGGUGAUGAUGAAGGUUUAUGUGGUAUUGCCAUGCAAGCAUCUUAUCCCACUACAUAA